AGCUGUUUCCAUUCUGAAUGUUGCGCAUGCGGUUGGUAGAAGUGACGUGAUCACUGGUUCGGAAAGUGUGUUCGUGUUUGUGCAGGGAUGUCGUGUUCAAAGAAGCUCAGCUGUUUCGCACAGUAAGCGGGACAUGGCUGCAACUUCGGCAAUGAUGGGAGUAAUACCGUUCCUGUUAGACCUACUGUCCAUGGUCCCCGCUGGAGCUCAGGUAAUUUCUCUGAGUGACAUGUAUGGCACGAUCAACUCUCCGAACUUUCCAGAACCCUACCCUAAAGAGUCCGAGGUCCGCUGGAACAUAAGCGUUCCCGACGGGUUCCAAAUCAGACUUUACUUUCUGCACUUCGACCUAGAACCCUCCUACCUCUGUGAGUACGACUAUGUCAAGGUGGAGGCUAAUGGAGAGGAGCUGGCAGUGUUCUGUGGGCGCGAGGACAGUGACACAGAGCAGGUCCCAGGAGAGCAGGUCAUCAGCUCCCCUAGGAGCUCCUUCAGUGUCUCCUUCCGGUCCGACUUCUCCAAUGAGGAACGCUUCUUGGGCUUCGAGUCCCACUACAACGCUGUCGACGUGGAUGAGUGUAGGGACAGGAACGAUGAGGAUCUAUCCUGUGACCAUUUCUGCCACAACUACAUCGGUGGCUACUACUGCUCCUGUCGCUAUGGCUACCUGCUGCACUCUGACAACAGGACUUGUCGAGUGGAGUGCAGUGAUAAUGUGUUUACGGAGCGGUCGGGGGUGCUUUCCAGUUCCGACUUCCCCAACCCCUACCCCAAAAGCUCUGACUGCCUGUACCACAUUAAGCUGGAAGAUGGAUUCUUGCUCAGCCUGGAGUUCGACGACACCUUCGACAUUGAGGACCACCCUGAUGUCACCUGUCCCUACGACUAUGUCAAGAUCCAGGCUGGAGAGAAGGAGUAUGGUCCGUUCUGUGGUGACCGGCCACCAGGCAGGAUCCAGACAGAGAGCAACAAGGUCCAGGUGUUCUUCCACAGUGAUAACUCUGGAGAGAACAUCGGCUGGAGGCUCUCCUACACCUCUUCAGGAAGGAGUCAGUGUCCCGUCCCUGUGAAGCCUCUCUAUGGCCAGCUGGAUCCGGUCCAGAUCCAGUACUCCUUCAAAGACCAUGUCCUGGUAUCCUGUGACCCAGGAUACAGACUGAUAAGGGAUGGAGAGGAACUGGAGCACUUUCAGAUCGAGUGUCAGAAAGAUGGCUCAUGGAGCAGUUUUGUCCCAAUUUGUGAAAUGGUGGAUUGUGGGACUCCUGGGGAGGUUGCCAUGGGUGACGUCAUCUUCGAGAGCUCUGGCAACAGCACCCUGUUCGGUUCUAUAAUCCAGUACACCUGCAGGGAGUCCAUGUACCAGAUUCACCCCAAGAUCAACAGUAUGUACACCUGUGGGGAGAAGGGAGAGUGGACCAACUCAGAACAUGGGACUAAAACUCCUACCUGUUUGCCAGUAUGUGGGGAGCCGUCCCAGCCCUUCCCAGCACAGAUUAAGCGUAUCGUCGGGGGGCGUAGCACUGUGCCAGGUCUCUUCCCCUGGCAGGUCCUCCUCACCGUAGAAGACAUGUCCCGUGUCCCGGAGGACCGCUGGUUCGGAAGCGGUGCCCUGCUCUCCGAGUCUUGGGUCCUCACUGCCGCUCAUGUCCUGCGCUCCCAACGCCGCGGCGCCACCAUAGUGCCUGUGGCGCCCGAACACAUCCGAGUCUACCUGGGCCUGCACGACGUCCGUGCCAAGCAAAACGCCACCAACCGCUCUGUGGAACAAGUCAUCCUCCACCCUCACUUUGACCCUCGCAACUACAACAACGACAUCGCCUUGGUCAAGCUGAGUCAGGCUGUGCCCGUGGGGGAGCUAGUGCGGCCCGUCUGCCUGCCCCCUCCCCAGGGCAAAGACAGGCCCCAGAGCCCCCAGCUCAACACCCUGGGCCUGGUGGCCGGCUGGGGCAUCUCCAACCCCAAUGCCUCUGUGGCCGCCGACACCACCGCGCUCUCCUCUGACCUGGGCAUGGUGUCGGACGUGCUGCAGUAUGUCAAGCUGCCUGUGGUGGCGCAGGAGGAGUGCAAGGCCAGCUAUGCAUCACGCUCCAUCAACUACAACAUCACUGACAACAUGUUCUGUGCCGGCUUCUACGAGGGUGGGCGUGACACGUGCCUGGGGGACAGCGGGGGGGCGUUCGUGAUGGAGGAGCCCGGAAGCGGGCGCUGGGUGGCCCAAGGCCUGGUGUCAUGGGGGGGCCCGGAGGAGUGUGGGAGCCAGAGGGUUUAUGGGGUUUACACCCGGGUGGCCAACUACGCCGAUUGGUUGCAGAGCCAACUGGGGACGGGGCCAUGGUGGUGAGAGGGAAUAAGGGGGGGGGUCAGUUACGUCCCGAUGACAAGCAAUUUCCAUGUCAAACUCGACUUGAAAUCCUUGUGGAUUCUUAUAUGAUGAACUCCAAUGUAUCAUUCCCCUCUGUUCAACCUAUCCCCAUCUCAUGUCCUCGGUCUCCUGUGCACCCUCAUCCCCUUUCCCCUUCAUAACUCCUCUCUUCAGGGUUGGGGAUCAAGUCCAUUUAAAUUCAGCUUUAUUUAGGAGAUGAGUUGACAUUCCAAUUUAAGGAUCGAAAAGUGCCAUUUCUUUAAAACUUUUCAAUUGACACCACCCAAUGUUAUAUUUUUAUUUUCUAUUGUGAAUUCGAAAGAUUAUCUCCAACUCAGUCCCCACAUGAUACCAGAAUAGCUGAUCAUGAAUUGUUGUACUCCAACAAUGCACUCCAACUUCAUCUUAUCACACUCAUAAGCCCUUAUAUUUUAUAUGAUUGUCAAUUACGUCCCGAUGACAAGCAAUUCCAUGUCAAACUCGACUUGAAAUCCUUGUGCAUUCUUAUAUGAUGAACUCCAAUGUAUCAUUCAUGUGCUCUCAGAUACAAACUGCACUCCUAAACUCAUAAUGCUGUAGCCAUGUAUAUCUGACAAGUUACCCCUAAUGUAUAAGAGUAGGGACAUACUGUACAUGUCAUCUAAUGAGGUUUUAUAAUUUGCACAUGGAAUUGGCCAGUAUUAUUUUGUAUUUCCUUGACAUUAUCAUGGAUGGUAAAAUUGAUAAUGAAAUAACCACAUUUUUUGAGAAGGCAUUGCAAUGCUGUUGUGUUACUGAGGUUCUGUUCUUCUUGAUCCCUCUCAGACCAUAGCUACCAGUGUUGGUGUCAGAUUACAUUUUUCUGCAGUGGAAUUGACAAUUUAACAAUGUCCAUGUGCUUUCGACAUCGUGGAUUAAAAUCUAGUCAAUUGUGAAUUAAAAUAUAAUCAAUUAAA